GAAAAAGGAAGAGCAUAAGAAGAAAGAAGGAGAAAAAAGCUUAUGUUUUCAAUUACUAUGGAGGGGUCUAUAGUUUGUGGUUUCAUCUCGGUUUUUCCGGUGGCAGUUACCGUCACGGUGGUGGCGAUAUUGGUCCAUUUGUACUUCUACGGGGCAUGGAGGAGGACGGCGGAGGUGAGGAGAAAGUUAAGAGCACAAGGCGUGACAGGGCCACCGCCGUCGAUUCUGUACGGUAAUUUGCCGGAGAUGCAAAAGAUCCAGUUGCAGACGGCGGCUAUGGCUUCUCCGCCGCAUCGUGCGUCGGCGAUUGUCGCUCAUGAUUAUACUUCCACCCUCUUUCCCUAUUUCGUCGAGUGGAGAAAGCAAUACGGGCCAUUGUACACGUACUCGACAGGGACGAGGCAGCAUCUGUACGCCAACAAGGUGGAACUUGUGAAGGACUUGAGCCUCUCCAACAAUCUCAACUUGGGGAAGCCUUUCUAUGUCACCAAAAAGCUUGCUCCCAUUCUUGGCCAUAGCAUCGUCCGCUCCAACGGCGCCAUUUGGGCGGUGCAGCGUAAGAUCAUCGCCCCCGAGUUCUUCAUGGACCGUGUCCGGGCCAUGGCGGUGCUCAUGGCUGACGCUGCGUCAUCUCUGGUCGAAAAAUGGGAGAGCAGGAUCGGAGACGGAGCGAGCGUCGAGAUUGAGGUCGAUGAGGAUCUAAGAGGGUUCUCAGCAGAUGUCAUUUCUAGGGCUUGCUUUGGGAGCUCAUAUGAGAAGGGGAAGGAGAUUUUUUCCAAGCUUAGGGACCUUCAGAAGUUGAUUAGUGAAGGGAGCUUUCUGUUUGGUUAUAGUUCUUUGAGCGACAGAUUUUUGCAACCAAGGAAACACAAAAGAAUAAAGAAGUUGGAGAAGGAGAUCGAGUCAUUAAUAUGGGAGACGGUUCAACAGCGCCAAAAGGAGUUCUCUAAAACCUCCUCAUCGGAGAAGGAUUUGUUGCAGCUGAUAAUGGAAGCAACCACCAAUGACCCAAAUGUGGGAGCCAAUGACUCUUCCAAAAACUUCAUUGUUGACAAUUGCAAGAGCAUCUACUUCGCCGGUCAUGAGUCCACUGCGGUCGCCGCCACUUGGACCUUGAUGCUCCUCGCCCUCCACCCCGAAUGGCAAGAUUGUAUCCGCUCCGAGUUCGCUCACGCUUGCCCCGACGGUCGCCCCGACACAACCGUGAUUUCUAACCUCAAAACGGUGAGUAUGGUGGUUCAUGAAGCGUUGCGAUUAUACCCACCGGCAGCAUUUGUGGCGAGGGAGACAUUUGCCGACACGCGACUUGGGAACGUGGUAGUUCCAAAGGGUGUUUGCUUAUGGACUUUGAUUCCGACGCUACACAGAGAAGUCGAAAUAUGGGGAGAAGAUGCGAAUGAGUUCAAGCCAGAGCGGUUCAAAAACGGAAUAGCCAAGGCGUGCAAGUUCCCUCAAGCGUAUGUGCCAUUUGGGGCAGGUCCUAGACUAUGCUUGGGAAAGAACUUUGCAUUAGUUCAAUUGAAGAUCAUAAUUUCUCUUAUAGUUUCCAAGUUUAGGUUUUCAUUAUCUCCUGAGUAUUGCCAUUGUCCUUCCUAUAGAAUGAUUGUGGAGCCUGCAAAUGGUGUGAAAAUUGCUUUCCAAAGGCUUUGAAUUAGGGUUUAGGGAAUGUGUAAAUUAUAUUAAAUGAGGUUAAUUUAGUUUAGGGUUAUGUUGGGUCAAGUUUUAAGAAGUUGGAGUGAUAUGUUUGGUAUGUGUGUUUAUUUAUCAUCUGGUACAAGUUUGUUAGUUAUACAAGGCUACACAAAUAUAGAUUAUAGAAACUUACUUUUGAUUCGCUAUACUAUAAGCUAAUUUCACAUUUUUA